AUGAACCAGAUUUUGCUUUUUGGUCAAAACUCAUUAAAUGAAGAUGUCAAUUACGCAUUAUCCAUCAAGGAUAUUUAUCCAUCAGCUAGUGGACUUGUUUACAAGGCUUCUAAAAUGAAUGCUAUUGAAGAGGUUUUUCAACUCUCGAGAGCGAUGUUUGUGGUUGCCUUGCUCACCAUGAUACCUGGAUACUGGUGCACGGUUUUCCUCAUUGACAAGAUUGGACGGUUCAGAAUUCAACUUGUUGGAUUUCUUGUAAUGUUUGCUUGUAUGUGGUUUCUUGAAUGCAAGUAUAGAUCAUUCUGGGGAGAAUCUGAAUGCGGAAAAGAUGCGAAAUAUGAUUAUUGUAAAGGAAACCUUAUCAUGUUUGCUAUACUUUUUGGACUUACACUAUUUUUUGCUAACUUUGGACCUAAUAGCACUACAUCUAUAGUUCUGGCCGAGCUCUUUCCUGCGAGGUUCCGUUUGACAUGUCACGGGAUAUCAGCUGCGGCUGGAAAAUCAGGAGCUAUUCUUGGUGCUUUUGUGGUGCAAAGCUAUAUAGACAGUGCUCAUGAUAAAACAAAGGGGAUCAAGAAGGCUAUUAUGGCGCUUUUGGUCGUCAACUUGCUUGGAUUCUUUUGCACUUUCUUGGUGCCUGAAACACAAGGUCGAUCACUUGAAGAAAUCUCGGGAGAGGAGAAAGAAUUCGAGGAAAACAAUACUUCGAGCGAGGUGAAAAAUGAUGAAAAAGAGGGAACAAGAAACACUAGUUUUGAAUUGAAAUAAUCUCAAAGAUACUUUAUUGUACAACAACUUUUUAACAAAUAAAUCCUACAAUAUGAAAAGUAGAUGUUAUACUAUUUUUAUGUGGAAAAUGGAAUGACACCUCUUAGGAUGUAACGAAAGAGGGAAGAUAGAAGAAAUAGGAAGAAAAGAGAAGUAAAUCAAAAGAAGGAAAAAAUAAAAAAGAUAUACAGAGAAGUGUGAAUCAUGAGAAUUGCUGAACAGCAACUUGUUUGUUUGCAC